AUGUCAUUGCGGCUUUCAUUUCACGCCCACUCGGUGUCGCCUGUGAGCAUUAACUUUGACGCGUUGGAGGCGUACGUUGCCGGACUUUCUGCAGAGGAGGCCCUGCAGUACAUACUAGACGCAUGCGUGACGUGUACCACCGGUAGCGACAAAAACGAAUUCGACAACCCGCCAGAAAGUGGCUCCUUCGAUAGCCGUCGCUGUGGCGUGGCGGAGCCUCAGCGGAACUCCGAAGGGGAUCUGUCGCUGCAUCUUAGCUUCUCUGACCUCGGGGGGCCGGCGCCCGCGGAGGUGGGAAUGACAAGUGACGCGGCGUGUGCAACGCCCGGCGAGGAGGAGGGGGAGAAGCACACAGGCGAAGCAGCGGUCAGCAACCAUGGGAACGAACAGGCGGCGGAUUUGCUUGGCCGACGCUUUUUCGCGGACCCUGCAAGUUGUACAUUUCAUCGAGAGCUUCAGCGGAGCCUUUCAGACAUGGUGAGAAGCGACAACUCCUUUUUGCGGCAGGAGGUGCUGGAACAAUACGUUCUCUUUGACAUGUUCCGUGAGAACUACUUGGCGACCCCCUAUAGCUUUCUCUCAAGCUACUCCGUUCCAAUGACAUUGCAGGAGCGUCACCGCAUGGUGGAAGUCUUUUACAGUGUUGAUGAGCUGGUGCUUAAAACGUUUUUUGGUGAUCGGAUGCAUAAACUGGAACUUGAGCGCGGAUCAGAAAAACUGUUCUUCUUCCGGACCCGGGCUAGUCACAGUCAAGGCAUACAAAAACUCAUGGAGGCAGGCGUCAGCGAAGGAUCGUUGAGGCGUCAGUGGGAAAACCUAAAGUGGGUGUGUAAUUUCCUCAUCUCCGCCUAUCGUGGUCGUGAUGGGAUGCUGAUUCCCUACAACACGCCCCUGCUCACCGCGCUGCAGCAGUGCUUUGCCCUACGUGGACCCCUUGGGGUGCACUACGGGACAUUUGUCUUUGGCUUUGAGCAUCACCUAAAUGGACGUUUCUGGCACCCGUUGUCGUAUUCCGAGUGCACCACCGCCUGCCAGGCACUGUCGUUGUGGUGUGAUGCCUCGCAGCUGAUGUUGCGCGAGGAGUUCACCGUCCAAUGUGCCCGCAUCGCCCGGUUGUUGGACGAAAAUCGUGUGGUGGCGGAGAUGCACCAACUUAUAUUUGGAGAGGCAAUGCGCUCGCGCUGGCAGGUGCAGUUUGACGAAGUUCAACGCGCGAUCACAAGUAACACAGGCGUGGGGACGAGCGGAAGCCCUCUUGGGCCCACGUUGGUGGGGGCGGCGUUGCCGUCGCCCACGACAACGGUUCCGCAUGCCCUUCUGCCACGAAACACAAGUACGGUGCGGCUAGACACUGAGGCACAAUUGGGGUUAUCAGCCUCCUCGACAGCAGCUGCCGCUUCACUGAAGUCCCAACGUUCAUCUACGCCCCAGUUUCAAACACCGACGCUACCGCAUAUAAAUCCUGCGGUCCCGGGAUCGAAUAACGGCGGUCGCCCCGCUACAGCGCCCUCAACCGCUGCUGCCUCUGCUGCUCCUAUUGCUGCGCCCAAUAGCAGCCACACGCCUCAAGUUGGUGCCGUCACGGGAAACACGCAGGCUUCCGCGGCACACCGCCCUCAUCUCUCCUCCAAUGGUGCCUUUACGCGACUCUUUCUUCAGGAGUUCCCUUUUAUCAUGAAGUUUUUGUUUCGCAUGGCCACAACGAUAGGAAAUUCGGGGAGAUUGGCAGAGGCAUUGGACCUGUUUUACGUCCGAGUUUACCUUCAGCUUUUGAACUUGGGCUGCCGCUCGCACAGUAAGCAGUUUGUCGAUCUUAGUAGCCUGUCUCAGGGAGCCCUCUCAGCCGAAUUGGAUAGCUUUGCGGAGUUGGCGGAGUUGAUGGAGCCCUGCUCCACCGCGAGUAGCAGCAGCGCAAGAAGAGCCCCCACGACCACGGCGUUUCUGCGGGGCGAGGAGGGUUCCACCGGCAACCCUGCCAGGGCGCAUCUGUCGGAGACGGAAGAAAAAUUGGACGUGCUUGCGAAUCUGCCCAUGAAUGCCGUGGUGAACACUUCACUUGUGAGCCACGCGGUCGCGUUUUCCUCCCGGCGUCCGCCCAUCCAGGCAUCACCACAUCAACCGCAGUCAACGACUCACAAUCUCGCCAACCACGUCGCUGGGACGGUUGACAGCCGAAUUUACCUUUGUGAGUUGUGCAUGCUGUUGAGUUUGCUGCCGAACGUGUUUAGCGGCCUUACAACCCUCACCGAGGAGGAUCAUGCGGCGUGCGACACCGAGUUUGCCAACUUCGUUCUGACACUUAAGAUUUUGGUGCAGAUCCAUCUGGCCUCCGAUGACAACUAA